CUGUAAACUCAAAGCGACGGUGUUGGACGGGGCUGUUAUUGUUCGGUUUGAAGAGUUUGCGGGCGGUCGGUCCUUUGUUUUUAUUUAGGGGGUUGUAAGCUACCACUAGCAGAAUAACUCGUCUCAAAAACCAUCACCUGCAAGCCUGGGCUGAGGUUUAUUUUAAUGAUAUAGCAGCAUUUCAAACCAGGUAGUGGUAAGCUUACAAGUCCCCAAAAUAAGCUGAUGGAUUCGCGGGUAUCGGAGUUGUUUGGUUCAGGAAAUGACUCUGGAUCUCAAGAUGUUGCGUCCAAUGUUUUGCCGGGAAACAGCUAUGGGGUAGCCCUAAAAAAAUCAUGUGUAAAGAUGCACAAGAAGUCCAAAUCGCGAUUCGCCCGCAACUUCAAACCAAGCAAUAACCCACCAUAUCUACCUCCGGAGGCUGAAGAGGGAAAUAUAGAGUACAAGCUCAAGCUAAUAAACCCCACACAAUACCGCUUCGAGCACCUGGCUACGCAGAUGAAAUGGCGACUGCAGGAAGGUCGAGGCGAAGCUGUCUAUCAAAUAGGUGUUGAGGAUAACGGCAUUUUGGCGGGACUAUCAGAGGAAGAUUUGAGAACAUCACUAAAUACGCUCCAUGAGCUGGCAGAGAAGGUUGGAGCCGACAUCACUGUUCUCAGAGAAAGAGAGGUGGACUUUGACUCGGAUGUGCCUCGUAAAAUUGCUGAAGUUCUCAUCCGCAAGGUGCCAGAUGACCAGCAGUUCUUGGACUUGCGAGUAGCUGUUAUAGGUAAUGUGGACUCGGGAAAGUCCACUCUGUUAGGUGUCCUGACACAGGGGGAGCUGGACAAUGGACGGGGAAGAGCGAGGCUAAACCUCUUCAGACAUCUACAUGAGAUCCAGACUGGACGCACUUCCAGCAUCAGCUUUGAGAUCCUUGGCUUCAAUAGCAAAGGGGAGGUUGUGAAUUACAGCGAGUCUCGGACAGCAGAGGAGAUUUGUGAGAGUGCCUCUAAAAUGAUCACAUUCAUAGAUCUGGCGGGUCACCAUAAAUACCUGAAGACCACCAUCUUUGGCCUCACCAGCUACUGUCCUGAUUUCGCUAUGCUGGUCGUCAGCGCAAAUACCGGCAUUGCUGGUACAACACGGGAGCAUCUUGGGAUUGCCAUGGCCCUGAAGGUGCCCAUCUUCAUCGUCAUCAGUAAAGUAGACCUCUGUAUGCGAGCCACAGUGGAGCGCACCGUGCGGCAGUUGGAGCGUGUCCUGAAGCAGCCGGGCUGUAACAAGGUGCCCAUGGUUGUGAGCAGCACGGACGAUGCCGUCACAGCAGCACAGCAGUUCGCACAAUCACCCAACAUCACACCCAUCUUCACCCUGUCCUGUGUGACUGGAGAGAGUCUAGACUUGAUCAAGGUCUUUCUAAACAUCAUCCCUCCUCUCAGCAACAGCAAGGAGCAGGAGGAGCUUAUGCAACAGCUAACUGAGUUUCAGGUGGAUGAGAUAUACACAGUGCCAGAGGUGGGGACUGUGGUGGGAGGAACUCUGUCCAGUGGUAUUUGCCGUGAGGGAGAUGAUCUUGUGGUAGGGCCCACAGACUUGGGCCAGUUCCACAAGUUAACCAUCGAGAGCAUCCAAAGAAACCGCUCAGCGUGCCGGGUCCUCAGGGCCGGCCAGGCGGCCACACUCGCCCUGGGCAACUUCGAACGCUCACUACUACGCAAGGGCAUGGUGAUGGUGAGUCCGGAGAUGGAUCCUACCAUCUGCUGGAUGUUUGAGGCUGAGAUUGUGCUGCUCUUCCAUGCCAAGACCUUCCACAAGGGCUUCCAGGUUACUGUGCACAUCGGCAAUGUGAGACAGACCGCAACUGUGGAAGCUGUGUGCGGCAAGGAGGAGCUGAGGACAGGGGAAAAAGCAGUUGUCGUGUUCAAGUUCCUCAAGCACCCAGAAUACCUGAAGGUGGGAGCUAAGCUGCUCUUCAGAGAGGGCGUGACCAAAGGCAUCGGCCACGUCACCAAGCUGCAGCCCAUCGCCCAUUACCGGCCGUCCCAGAGCGAGGACGAUGAGGCUUAAAGCUACUCUGAGAAAACAACAGAAAACACCGUCCCACCCAAAGACAAGGUGCUUUAUAAACGACUUCCUGCUUUCUCCAAAGGCCACUCUGUCCUGUUCUCUGCACAUUCAUUACUGUCUCAGGAGACCACUGUUUUAUCACCCCUUUCCAAAGCCUUGUUGUCACCCUCCGCCUCAUUUGUCUCAUUCAGCCUUACAGCUUAUCUUAGUUUCUCUUGGCACUGAUAAGAGGAAACCCCUCAGCCACCUCUGUCACAUUGUGAAGGACACGUCCACAACAUCUACCAACAUGAUGUUGAGUGUAAAGAACAGGAAUGUGCUUUCACACAUUUCACGUUGAAGUGCUGUUUACACAGUUUACACAGUUUACACCUUAAUGCACUCCUAACACGUGCUUUUGAAAAGAUCCUCACAAACUCGCACUGAAACAUAAAUGCCAGUUUCGAUAUACCUUUGGCAGAUAAUUGUUUACAAACAGUUGCAAGUAUGAGAUAGGCAUUAAUGUGUUACCUGUAUCAUCACCCCACAUAGUGCCUGACUGAUAAAGAUGUUCUUACCUCUGUUUAUUUAUGUGGGAUAAUAGUUGAUAAAAGACACAGUUUUUAUAUAAGCUAAACCAUCUUGCUAUAAGCUUUACUAGUGCUGACUAAAGGAAACGUAAUGUAGGUAAAGGACCGCAUUUGAGGUAUGCGGAGUAAGAACCUGACUGAUUUUGUGUCAGCCUGCCAAGAUAAUUCACAUUGGCACUCACUUUGCAAGUGGUUUGUUAUGUCAUAUGUUCAGAUAGUUGUGUAUUUUUUCUAUCACGGAUUAUGCCUCACCUCACGAUAGUGCAGUGGGACAGUCUCUUGCUGCCUGUCUUUAAGUGCUUUAGUUACUCAGGUCAGUUUAGAUAAGGUAUAAGACAGCAUUCCACUCACAGAACGACUCCGAGGAGCUUUCUGUUGCUGGCUUGGUGAGAAGGAAGAUAAAUGAUCGGGUGAGUUUUCCAAAGAGAAUUUUAUAUUAUGUAACGCUGCCUACUGAUGUAGCUUUGUUUUAAAGCAUUUAAAGGUACUUGACGUCGUCUCUUCACUUCAGUUACUGAUUUCACUCACUUUGGGAUGUUACACAGUGCCUAAUGGAGCUACUGUUUGAGUAGUCUACCAUUACACCCCAACGUUUUACAACUUAGUAAAACAAUCUUAUUAAGUUGGUGCUAGAUUCCUCAAAACAGCUUUUGAUGUGUAGAAGAAGACUUUGAAGAUGAAUGUUAGUUGCUACCCUUUGUUCGAGGCUGCUGUUGGCCUCAUGUCUUUAUUAUAGCAUGUUGUUUCGACUGUAGCAUAACCUGCUGUCCCAUUGACGUCCAUGAUAGAGGCGAAAUGUGUGCCCUGUUUAGUUGCACACACUUUCUUGCUAUGCUUAAUUUGUGUGCACUCAGACAACUUAUAUGUAUAGCCUUUAUAAAGGGUAUCAGGUGUUAGUUUGUUUAUAUGCAACUUGAAUAUUUUAUAGAUUUCUAGUAGUUCCAGAUUUUACAAUAUAUAUUCACGUUUUUCACUGUUUUCACAGCCUUCCAAACACAUCUUCACUUUUCUGAAACUAGUUUUAGAGCCCUCCCUUAAAUCGAAAUAAAGUGUACAUUUUGAUCAUUAUUUGGGUGAAAUGCAAUAUUUAUGUACAGAUCCAGUUUGUGUUCAUGAUACAUGAAUAAAAGUUGUAUUGUCUAUUC